GAUGUCAUCUCUGCGCGCGUCUGGAAUGAUUGCUGGGAAAUGUGUUGUCUUUAUCGAGAGCUUUUGCUGUCUGAGUUACUUGCGAAAUGUGUAAAUAAUGGUUUAAAAUGACGGACGAUAACUGUUGCUCGUGUCAGACGCGUGACUCUGAGAGUCAGAUAGAUGAGUCUGAAACUGCUUCUGUUGUGCUCAGUCAAAAACAACGACGGGUUGUUCUUAAACGAGAGCGAAGGAAAAGGAAACGUCAAACUAUUGCCAAAUUAAGAGAAGCUGCUCUAGAUCAUUCAAAAAAUGAGGAGCACCAAACUGAAGAUGAGGAAGAACAGACGGUUGAUGAUCAGAGUGAGCGAUUACACCAGGAAUGGCUGGAGAGAGAAAGAAUUGCACAGGAAGAAUUCGAGCUGAAGAGAGCGAGAGAAGAGGCAGCCCAAAAGAGAAAGGAGGAAGAAGAGAAGAGAAUCAGAGAGGAAUGGGAGGAGCAGCAAAGGAAAGAAAAAGAGGAGCGGGAGCAGAAGGAACAGGAGAAGAGAGAGAGAGAGGAAGCUGUACAGAAAAUGCUGGAUCAAGCAGAGAGUCAGCUGGAAAAUGGUGGUCCUUGGAAAAACCCUGAUGCCCCAAAGGAUUUUGGAACUGAAAAGGACAAGGCAAACUGCCCCUUCUUCCUUAAAACGGGUGCUUGUAGGUUUGGAGACCGGUGCUCCCGAAAGCAUGAGCACCCAGCAUCCAGCACCACUCUGAUGGUGAGGGGGAUGUUUGUGACAUUCGGGAUGGAGCAGAGCAGACGGGAUGACUACGACACUGAUGCCAGUCUUGAGUACAGCGAGGAGGAAAUGCACCAGCAGUUCCUGGAUUUCUAUGAAGACGCUCUGCCAGAGUUCAAGAACGCAGGGAGGGUGCUGCAGUUCAAGGUGAGCUGCAACUUUGAACCUCACUUGAGAGGGAACGUUUACGUUCAGUAUGACACAGAGGAGCAAUGUAGAGAAGCGUUCAUGAUGUUUAAUGGCCGCUGGUAUGCUGGAAGACAACUGCAAUGUGAAUUCUCCCCAGUAACUAGAUGGAAAACAGCCAUAUGUGGUCUUUUCGACAGACGUAAAUGUCCAAAGGGGAAACACUGCAACUUCCUCCAUGUGUUCAGGAACCCAGACAAUGAAUUCUGGGAGGCAGACCGUGAUCUUCAUAUGUCCCCUGAUCGCACUGGAGGCUUUUCUAGUCGCCAUUUGGGCAGUAGAGAUGGAAUGUGGUCCCAGCGUGGAAAUAGUCCUGUGCACUCAUCCCAGCGUAGGAGGACAGAUCGAAGGAGCCACAGCCGUGAGCGGUACAGUUACAGGGGAAGGCGGAGUCGUAGCCGAGAGAGGCGGAGUCGAAACUGUGAAAAGCGGAGUCGUAGCAGAAGCAGAGAGAGAAGGAAAUCACAGCAAUCAAUGACAAGAAGAUCAGCGUCUCAGAGAGAGCAAUCCAGAAGGAGCAGGAGCCGAUCCCACAGCAGAGAGAGGUUGAAGCAAGGCGAAUGUACAUCAGCAGACGUGAGAAGCCAGAUAUCAAAAUCAAACAGCCCAGAACAGGUGUCCAAAAACGGAUCUGUGAAAAGGAGGAGUCAUAGGAAGGAAAGCCAAAGCCCUGACAACUCCGAUCGAAUGGAUGCACAUCACCACAAGCACUCUAAAAAAAGCAAGAAGAAGAAAAAGGGCAAAAAGAAACGCAAACGAAAGAAGAGUAAAUCACGCAGCUCAAGCUCAGAGUCUGAUGAAGACUCCCGGAAUGAGGAGUGUGAUGAGAUGCCGUCUAAAUCACAAACUCCUGCUGAUGAAUGUACAGCAGUGGUGGCAUCCAGCACAGGAUCACCAGAGGAUACAGCAGAGACUACAAAUUUGGAGGGUUGUCAUCCAGAAGAGGACACUGAUUGUGUGAUAGAUGCUACCAAAUCUGAUAGCACCACACAGUCUGGAUAGAUACAUAAAUAUACAUAAACUGUUUCUGUUGUCAGAAAGCAGCUGUUGUUAUUUUAGCUUGCAUGACAAAAUGCCUAGGUUCCCGAUGUUGCCUAUGAAUACAUUGCCUGUACAUUUUUAAUUAAAUCUAGUGUUUUCUAAAA